ACAAAAGCCCUAAAUCAGAGAAAAAAACAAAUCAAAAUGGCUCCAACGAUCAAAACCAUGGGUGAGUACAAGACUCAACAAGUCUACUUCGUCGACUUCUUCGGACAGAACCUGGACGUCACUCAAACCGAGACUCCCUCCAUCAUCAGACGAUGGAUCUUUAACGUCAUCUACCGCCACCGUCGCUCCCGCUCUCCUCACCCUCUCGUCGUCGGAGUCGGCGUCCAGUGGACACCGUCGUGGCACUUCUCGCCGCCGGCGUACGACCGUGCAGCGGACACACUCCAGAUAUGCGUGGGAACGUCGAUCCUCAUCGUCCAGCUCUCUUACUGCAAGCGCGUCCCAAACAUCCUUCGAAGGUUCCUCAAGAACCCAAACACGACUUUUGUCGGGUUUUGGAACAGCCAGGACGAGAGGAAGCUCAAGAUGACGAGGCACCGGUUGGAGAUCGGAGAGCUUCUUGAUGUGAGGAAGUACCUCGCGAAUCAAGAAGGUAGGAGUCUGAGGGGUCGUUCGUUUGAGAAGAUUGUUGAGGAGUGUAUGGGGCUUGAAGGGGUGAGGCUAGAUCGGAAGAUAAGCAAGAGUGAUUGGAGUGUUGGAUACCUUAGCGAUGAGCAGUUGAUUCAGGCGUCGGUGGAUGCUUAUGUUUCUUUCGAGCUCGGUGUUCAUAAUCGUUUAUGGCAAGUUUGAAGAUAUUAGGAAUAAUAAUAUGUAGUGGAUCUUUCUUCUUUUGUUAGGGUGUGUGGAAAACAAAGUUUGU